AUGAAUCCAAGAGACAUGAGCCUGAUUAGCGACGACGGCGGCGGCGGCGGCGGCGGCGGCGGCAGCUUCAGCCCUUCAAACCCCGGAAAUCUCGGCAGUUUCAAGCACGUCUCAUCGGCUCAGAAGGCAGAUUUUAGUAGUGGGUCGAAUUUCUUCAGGAACCAAAACCAGCUGAAUCAACAACCAGGCGGUGGCUUAACUCGGUUCAAGUCGGCUCCCAGCUCUUUUCUAGCGGCGCUUAUAGAUUCCAACAACACCGACAACAGCAGCAGUGGGGAUGACGAAUCUGAAGCCUUCUUCUCGGCGCUGAUGAGUGGGCCCACCCCCACCGCCCGGGAUCUGAAUCGGACGGACGGUAACAGUGGCUGCGAUGACAACAGUCACAAUAAUCAUCAGAUGUUCCAACACGAGGAGGAGGAGGCGGAGGCCGGGACCCGACCCGGGAGAAACGGGCUGGGCGGUGGGCAGAUGGGUUAUGAGAGCGCUGUGAGCGGCGGCGGAGGCUGUAUCGUUGGAUCUUAUUCGGUGGGGAUGGAGGAGAGUCAGGUUAACAAUAAUAAUAUGAGAUUGCUUAAUAAUGGAAAUAUUAGCUCAAAUCUUGUCAGGCAAAGCAGCUCCCCUGCUGGAUUUUUUAAUGAAGCAAUUGUCCGCAGUCAGGCACAUGCUAUUUCAUCAACAAAUGGCAUGAGCACUCACUUGAACUUCUCCUCACCUGCUCUGUGUUCGAGGUCCAUGAGGCUCAUGCCUAGCGUACCCAAUCAUGUGAACCAAAGCAUGGGCACACAUAAUCUUGAGAAUGAGCAGUUGAGAAACGGUAACAAUGCAAAUGUACGAGAAUUUGAGGCAGCUUUCCCACACGACUCGUGGAACGAUUCGCCUUUCGGUGACAGUCUGAAAAGGAAUCGAGAUGGUGAAAUGAGGGCGUUUAUGGAUUUCAAUGGCUUGGAUAAUCAGAAUACUGGGGAAAGUAGUAGAGGUCUGUCGAGUUUAGUUCACCAUUUGAGCUUGCCGAGGUCAGCAGAAAAUGUGAAAUUGUUGCAAUUUCAACCGGAGACGGUGCCUUGUCAAGUUCGUGCCAAAAGAGGUUGCGCCACUCAUCCGAGAAGUAUAGCCGAAAGGAUGAGGCGAAGCAGGAUUAGUGAAAAGAUGAAGAAGCUGCAAGAUCUCUUUCCAAAUAUGGACAAGCAAACGAGCACAGCUGAUAUGUUGGACUUGGCCGUUGGGUACAUUAAAGACCUCCAGAAACAAGUCCAGACGCUCACGGACAAGAAGACGAAGUGCAUUUGUUCAAGUAAACCUCAGCACGUAUAG